CUCCCCCCCCCACCCCCCCAAACGGGGAGGGGAGGGGGGAGAUAAAGGGGAGGAGAGGCUUCUGCCCCAUAGAGAGCCAUGGGGGGCGCGGAGGUGGUGCUGCUGAUGGCCCUUUUGGGGACCCCCCCGGCGGUUCUGGGGCGCCCCACAGCCCCGGGGACCCCCCUGGCACUUAUGGGGCGCCCCAUAUGUCGCCCCAUUAAUGUGACGGUGGCACUCGAGAAGGACGAAUGUCCCCAAUGUGUGACAGUGACUGUGACAGCGUGCGAGGGGCUCUGCCGGAGCCGAGCUCCGGUGUAUCGGGGGGCCCUGGGGACCCCUCCGCAGUCGGCGUGCGUCUUCGCGGGGACGCGUUACGACCGAUGGGUUCUUCCCGGGUGUCCCUCCGGCAUCGAUCCCACCGUCGCCGUUCCGGUGGCCCUCGGUUGUCGUUGCGGGCGGUGUCCGAUGGCGGACGCCGAUUGUAUCGUCCAAGGUCUCGGACCCACCUUCUGCGGCGCCCCAGGAGGAUUCGGGGUGUAAUAAAAGACCCCCCCUAAAACCUCACGAGG